UGUAGGCUCUAUUUUGCUGGAACAGUAGAGGAAGUCAGUCUUCCGGGAAGUUCAACUCGAUGGGCUGGUUUUGCAGUUAAUUUGCUGCACAUUUUGCUCUUAUAAGACGAGAUAUCAAGCCAUCAAAAUAUGAAGUUACUGGUCUUUAUAAUAGUAUGAUAACCAGCUCAUUUUAAGGUAUUGUUAGACCUCGCUUAAGGAAAUGCCGUUGUUCAUUCAAAAUAGAGGACUUGACCGCAUAAGCUCGACCGCGGAACUGUUCGACUACUAUCCACAUUUACAGGAAAAUGCAAGAGCAUUUCGCUCCUUGCCACUUGUUGAUGUCGACCCAAAGUGCUUCUUGUAUGUCCAACAAAGAGAGUUUGCUGCAACAACACCUGCAGACAACUGUGUUUCAGUAAUUGGAUCUGAUGAUGCCACCACCUGCCAUUUGGUUGUGCUGCGACACACCGGAAGUGGAGCUGUUUGCCUUGCUCACUGUGAUGGUUCCAGCACCUGGUCUGAAGUCCCGCUCCUUGUGAAAGCUGUGAUGUCACUGAGUGAUGUCAGUGAGGAGGGCAGACUCGAGCUUCAUCUUGCCGGGGGAUUUAACGAUGAGUCAAAAACAUCCCAUAAACUCAGCCUUAAUAUACUGGCAGCGUUCCAAAAACAGAAAGAGGAUAUUCAUCUGGAAACAUGUUGCAUUACAGAAAUGAAUGACAUUGUUGUUGAUGGAACUCAUAGGCCUGUAGUAUAUGGAAUAGGUGUAAAUGUUAAAACAGGGGAUGUGUUCCCAUCAACAUUCAUUCAUAAAGGACCUGCAGAGGAGUUGCGAUCAGCAAGGACCUUCACUGGGGGACAGAUGGCAGACAUAUAUGACUCAAGUCGAGGGCUUGUUAAAAUCGGCCCUUGCAAGUGGUCUCCAAACCUGGAUAUUGCCUUCUGGUUGUCACAAGAUGAUGACACAAUUUUAAAGUACAUGUCCACCUCUCCGCUGGCUGAGCCACCACACUUCGUCCAGCACAUGAAGACCACCAUCCAGUUCCUUUUGGGACACCCCAGCUCUGAUAGCCUGUUCCCUGGGGGGCAGCCGCAGCUCUACCACAGGACUGAGGGGGGGGACUGGGAGAGGGUUGUCUCGUCAUAAAGCCCUACUCCUAUCUUUCACUGGACCCUAACAUGGAGCCUGACUGCUUUUGCCUCUCAGCUCAAUGGAUACACUGUGACCCAUCCACCCUCUGUCUGUAUUCGUUCAUUGUGUCUUAACAUGGAGGUAGCCCCUGCCUGGACUAUACUGUAUGUAUGGACAAUGGCUCUCCUGACUCAUCUGGCUGGUCCAGUAGAGAGAGUAGAGGAAGUACUGGGAUUCUGUUUAUGCCUGUAAAUGUACAUUUAUUCACUCUUGUGAGGUGGUGUAAAGUCUGCAAACUUAACCAUCUACAGUGUAAGUCAAGGUUAAUGUCUAACUAUGCUUGGCUGUUAUUGUUAUCGAAGGAAACGUCUUAUGUCCAGUUCAAAAAAUACUACUUAUCAUUUUGUAUGUUUUGUUUUUUUAAGCCCAAAACAUACAGUGGAACUUUUUUCAAAACCUUUUUUUAUUAGUUUCCUACCUUACAUGCAACCAUUGUUCAUGUUAUACUAAUAGAAUUCAAACUUCAUUUAAUUGCCUUUAUGUUAAUGUUGUCAGUGACUGAGUUGCCAGGAAACUUGCCCAGCUCAAGCAAGUUUUAAGUCUGAAAACCAAUAGACAUCUGGGAAGUAUUAAAUCAAUCUGAAUCUUAAAUUAGCUAUUCUUAAAAAAAAAAAGUAUGAACAAUAUGUAAUUAAUGGUUAAAACAUGUCCUGAUCCUUAAAGGUAGAAGCCUGACCUAGUGAAGAAUAAUUACAGGUUGGUUGUUUAGCAAAGUUUAUUUUUCUCUACUAAUAAGAAUGGAAUACUCAUAGCCUACUGCUGUAAACAUGGCCAUCAACGUGUACAUUUUAGGAAACUGCAUGUAUAAAUGUGUAUAGUACUCUGCAAAGGAUGAUAUGGGUUCUUGUGGAACACAACUAAAUAUGAUGUUACUAAUUGCAUCUUCUGUGUUGUUUAAAUAUGACCAACGCUGUAUAAUGCCUUUUCAUCAGCUGUGUUAUUCAGAAGGUUGCAAGGUGCUUAAAGCAUUCAGUGCAACUUGUUGCAACUUGUGAACAUACUGUACCUGUUGCUAAAUAAAUGUAAAUGGUCAAAUCU